AUGGUCUUGGGACUGGACAAGCGUGCUUUGUGGGGCGCUUUGCCCCUGCUGGGCUUCGCCAUCGGGCACUUCCUGGACAAGAAGGAGACGGACCGCAUGACCAUGUUCCGGGACAAGAGCGCCCUCUACGGUCGUCCCGCCGGCAGCGAGGAUAAGGCACCAUCCUGGUAGUCCUACCAUACU